UAUAUUAUCCCGCAUGCCAACUGGGACUCCACAUUCCACAACGAGCAAACGCCGCCCCCGAAAUCGCAACGAAACCACCCCCUUCCUCAAAACUCCUCCCUUUUCAUAAACGCUCGCCGCUCAUUCGUUCAUUGUACGCGGCGAGUAAGAACACGAAGUUUUCGAUUCGGAACCCUAGAGAGGAGAGGAGAGGAGAGGAGAGGAGAGGAGAGGAGAUCAUGAUUUUGGAGGCGAGAGGGGAGGAGGAGGUGAAGGGAGAAUGGAGGAGGAGGGGGAGAGGAGGAGCAUUUGGCUUCGGGAGAAGCGUCGCUGGGGAGGGGCUUCUCUUUCCCCCUUCCAAUUUUGGGAUGGUCGAUCGCGGGAUUUACCGGUGCGGCUUCCCGGCGCCGGAUAAUCUCCCGUUCGUGGACGCCCUCGGGCUCCGCUCCGUCGUGUAUUUGUGUCAGGAGCCGUACCCGGAUGUUAAUGCGGAGUUUGUGAGGUCGCGUGGGAUUCGACUCUUCCAGUUUGGGAUUGAAGGGAGCAAGGAACCUUUUGUAACCAUACCUAAGGAUACCAUCAUGGAUGCUCUCAGAGUUUUACUUGAUAUCAGGAACCAUCCCAUUUUGAUCCACUGCAAGAGAGGAAAGCAUCGUACGGGAUGCCUCGUUGGCUGCUUCAGGAAGUUGCAAAGGUGGUGUCUAUCCUCAGUUUUCGAGGAGUAUCUGCGAUAUGCUGGAGACAAAGCCCGGAUAUCGGAUCUGCAGUUCGUCGAGAUGUUCGACGUUUCGUGCAUGAUGCAGUCCAUUCACGGGAUUAUAUAUAGAUAUCAUGGCUGCGGCCCUCAAGGCGGACGCCUCGUCUACCGUCAAGAAGACGGUUGACAUACAAAGAUGCAUCUGUUUUGCAUAAUUUCCUUUUCCCUUUUUUUUUUUUUUUUUAAUUGUUCUUUUGCUUUCUUAGCAAGUAAGAACUUGUGAGUUGUAACAUGAAAUGUGGCCCAAUGGCUUCCCUGAUUUUGGCUUGUGAGAGAGAACUCGUGUCGGCGAAGCCGACUAUAAAUAUCUCUUCUUUUUUUUCUUUCC